UCUAUUGCAUUCCUCUGCAUCAGUGUUGUGCCCACACAGGCUUUACUGCUAGUUUUGUAUUAAAAUGGAGACCAAUUCAUGAAGAAGCAUAGUUUUCUCCGUGAGGUUUCGGGUCACCGUGUGAGUGCUUCUUCAGGCGGUGGUUUAUACCACCAACAUACCCCAGGAUCUUCGUUUGAGCAAGUUUAGCAACCAUCAUUUAUGCAAGAAAAGAACUAACCUGCGGCGUACCCGCUAGGUGUAUCUUUUCAUUGGAAAUGGCCUUUACGUGUCAUUCUUGUGGUGCCUCGUUUGUCAACUUGGAAGCACUCAAUAGCCAUACUCCGUUGUGUAAUACGGGGGCCAGAUUCUCGGUAUGGUCAUUCGAGAAAGUUGAUAAACUUCUCACACUUAUGGAAGAUCGAUAUCGGGCGCUCGUGAACACGUAUCCGAGACAGAAGGGGCCCUUUUGGAUCAAAAUAGACCGGGAGCUUGGCGUGGGCGCGGACCAGGCCCGCAUAAAAUGGAACGCCUUAGUUCAGAGCUACAGGAGGAUAAAAGAGAAGGCCAGCAAGCGACCGAAAGGUGCUCGCAAGUGUAGCCGGUGGGAUCACUUCGCAACGAUGGACCGGAUCUUAGCGUACAAUCCUCGAAUGACAUCGAAGCGCCUCAUUCGGUCGCGUGGGGGCGCCGGAGCUUUGGAGCCGCCAUACGACCAGGACAGCGUCACGGACAGCGACGACUCUGUGAGUCGUGACAACCAGGUGUUCGAAAGCCGCACUCCGUGCGAUCCCGUCGCCGAUGGCAUUGUAUGGCCUGUCGAAAAGGUGGAAAGUUUUCUCAAGAUUAUGGUUAAUCAGUACCGGGUGCUGGUCAACACGCUCCCAGGACAGAAGCGGAUAGACUUUUGGCUCAACAUUGCCCAGGAGCUCGGCGUCAGUGCGGACGACGCCCGCAUCAAAUGGAACUUAUUGUGCCAAACUUACAAGAGGCUGAAGGACCAAGCCGCCAGGACGGGCGGGGAUGCUCUGAACCAUUGGGAUCAUUUUGAAGCGAUGGAGCGGAUCAUAGGACAAAAUUUGGAUGCGUCGUCGACGCGUUUCAUUCUAUCAAACCAGAGUGCCCCGAAUCGCCCUGACCUGUGGCGAGGAUCGGACCAGACCGCUCAGGCUCGACCAGAUCGAAAACAGGGAGAGAACGUCGAUAUGAGCAGCUAUUUCGCACAGAGGAUCGAAAUAGAACGGCAACGGCUAUCUCUGGACGAGCGACAGUGCGAGAUUGAUGAGAGAAGGAUUGCUAUGGUAGAAAAAAGUGUGGCAAUGGAGGAGCGGCGGCUAGAACUUCUAAGCCAGCUUCUGUCCAUUAUGGCCAAGAAGAAAAACAGCUCAAAUCUUGGCACUUUGAUACCCCAACUUUUGUAAGCAUGAAUGAAUGUGUUGAAUGACAGCAUGCAUGAAUGUGUCCGGUGUUUUUUUUUGUUUUGUCGGCCACGUUAUUUGCCCUGUGUUUUACGUGGUGUUUCACCUCGACUUACUAUUUCGGCCUGUUUACUUGCCUGGGAGAAAUUGACAAGUAAGUAACCAUGUGAACAAGGAGCCAUUGUAACGUGCCCUUAAUGCUCAUUACAUGCACAGCGGUCCACGCGCAUCUCUGCGUCGUAUUGGUUAUGUCGUGAGCCAUGACUGCUUUGUUCUCAGUGGCAAAUAAACGUGCGUGUGACGAA